CCUCCAUUUCCCCCUUCCUCUCGCGAGAGUUGUCGUGCUCGUGCCUUAGUCGCUAUGGUCUCCGCGAUGCCGAGCCGCCGUCCCGCCUCCGUGUCGCUUCGCAAGCGGCGACCGCUGCAGAGACGCCGCCGCCUGCUCGCUUCCCUGGCUCGCUGUCGCCCUUCGGCCAGCGGCAAAAACAGCGGGAGUGGAGCGGACGGGUGGAGCGAAUUCGCCGCCUCCUUCGUCUCUGCGGGCCUAGUGAAAGCGCCGGAGGUCGGGCAGCGAGCCGAGGAGGAACCGCCGUCGUUGCCUCCUCUGACGGUGGUGGAAGCCAAGGGAGGAGGCAGCGCGGUGCUGCUUUUGCCUCAAGGGCGGAGCCUGACAUUUAAUGGGAGGUGUUGCUUGACUUGCCUCUAUGGGUCCGUGCGAGUGUUUGGCUUCAACAUUGCUCCUGAACAGCUCCCGUACAACCUCUUUUCCCCUCAUACGCACUGUGCCCUCUCCAUUGAAGCUGUUGCCUAUAAGGAGUCAGAAAAAUCCAAGAAAGAGAUGAAGGUGGAGGCCAGGUCCAUCCUGAAAGCUCAUCUUGUGCCACAAGCUGCAAGAAUCAAGCUGAUGAAAAGCUUUGUUCCACAGUGUUCCAUGGUUCUCCUGGAACACCUGGACACUCCAGUGACAAGGUUCAUUGUCAGACACUCAGAGUUUUCUCGUGUUUUCACAGCAAAGAAAAAAAAGGUUCUCCGUUCCACCCCAGAAGAUGCAAUCCUCGCUUCUACCAGCAUUUGGAGGCAGGAUCCGGGGGAUGGCCUGCUCUUGUCGGAGAGCUCGCUUUCGGCCAUUGAAGAGUUGGUCCAAGCAUGUCAGGAGGAAGAUGAAGGCUGCCCUAUCAUCCUCGCUUGUGGCCCCAAAAGUGUUGGCAAGUCCACUUUUAACAGACACCUGAUUAAUCUUCUGCUGAACCGCCUUCCAUGCAUUGAAUUUUUGGAAUGUGAUCUGGGACAGUCUGAGUUCACGCCCCCUGGCUGUAUUUCGCUAAUUAAUGUGACGGAACCAUUUCUGGGUCCACCAUUCACUCACCCGCGUACACCCCACAAAAUGGCAUACUUUGGUGACACUAGUUGCGAACAGGAGACUGAAAGAUAUCUUGACACAUUGAAGUAUGUGUUCAGUGCCUAUGAGAGAGAUGUGCCUUUGGUCAUCAACACCAUGGGAUGGGUGAAAGGUGCUGGACUGCUGCUUCUGAUCGACAUCAUCCGGCUGUUUUCACCUACUCACGUCAUUCAGAUCAGUGCAGAAAACUUCAAAGACAUGCCUCAGCUUUCCCCAGAGUAUACCUGUAGCUCCGCAGGCUUGCAUACGAAAGGCAAAGGGCCCCUCAAAUGCAAGACCCUGGUGAAUGGGACAGAGGACAUGGAGCUGUGCAGGGCCCAAGGAGACCUCCACCCCCCACAUUCUGGGCACAAACUGCUGUGUAUUCAGCCAGAGUUCCCCAGGGCAGGAGUUGCUGGCAAUGGGCGAACCCACAGAAGUGUCCUCCGGGACAUGACCAUCCUAGCUUACCUGGCUCAGUUGCAGCCCCCCAACAUGGACUUGGUGCUUCCUUUGCACAGCCUGGUGCCCUAUCAGGUACCCUUCAGUGCUGUUUCAAUCAAGGUUAUUCAUACAGAUGUUGCUCCUGCCCACAUACUGUAUUCCGUCAAUGCCAGCUGGGUUGGCCUCUGCCAGUUACCAGAUGAGGUCCAGGGUAAAGCCGAUGGACCAGUCUUAUUAACGCAGACACCAAUCUGUGAUUGCCUGGGCUUUGGAAUUGUCCGAGGGGUGGACAUGGACAAGAAACUCUAUCAUAUUCUGACCCCAGUAGCUCCAGAGAAUUUACGACUGGUGAAUUGUUUACUGAUUGGAAAUAUCCCUGUUCCUAACUGCGUGUUCCUGAACCAACUGGGAAUUGAAGGGGAAAUACCAUAUGUCACGUCAGAGUAUAACCAUGGCAUUUCAGGUGCUGGGAAAUUGAAAAGGAACAAGAAUCUUAAGAGAAGAGAGCACUUUGGACCAUAAAUUCCUUUUCCCAGCCUUGUUGGCAGGGACACAGCAAAGUGACUAUAUUUAUGGCUAACAGCAUAAUCCUGGUCCACUGAGUUUUUGUUAAUUUCAUUUAAUUUCAUUUUAUUCGAUUUAUAUCCCACCCUCCCAUCCCCACCGAGUUUUUUUUUUGUUUAAUGUAAAUUAAAAUCUGGUGUAAACUC